AUGGCAGCAUCAGAUGGAAGUGAGUACUUCGAUGUGGACACUGAAAGCGGCCAUGAUACAUUUUCACGGCAGUCGAAUGCGGAGGAGUUUCGACGAGACGAGACGGAGCUUCUAUGGGCGGCGAUAGAGAGGUUGCCAUCAAGAAAGGAGAAGAAAUUCGCGUUACUGAAACGUCCAGCCUCCGAAUCAAAUGGUUCUGAGGAGAAAACGGAGACUGUAGACGUUACGAAACUUGAUCGUCGUAAUCGUUCACUCAUUGUUAGAAAAGCUCUCGCUACGUCUGAACAGGAUAAUUAUAAACUGCUUGCGGCCAUCAAAGAACGAUUCGACCGAGUUGGAUUGGAGGUUCCAAAGGUUGAGGUUAGGUUUGAGAAGCUGAACGUUGCGGCGGAUGUAUUAAUUGGUUCUAGAGCUUUGCCGACUUUAGUUAAUUAUACUCGUGACGUGAUUGAGCGUCUCUUAACCUGUUUGAGGAUUUUCCGCCCACAAAGACAUCAUUUGUCUAUCUUGAAGGAUAUUAGCGGUUCAAUAAAACCGGGAAGGAUGACAUUGCUUUUGGGGCCACCUGGUUCAGGGAAAUCUACAUUGCUCUUAGCUCUUGCAGGGAAACUUGAUACUAAAUUGAAGAGAAGUGGUAUGAUUACAUAUAAUGGCCAUGCAUUUCAUGAGUUCUGCGUUCAAAGAACUUCAGCUUACAUAAGUCAAACAGAUAACCACAUUGCGGAGCUAACGGUACGAGAAACUCUGGAUUUUGGUGCUAGAUGUGAAGGUGAAGGGUUUGCAGGAAACUUGAGAGAACUUACUCGUUUGGAGAAGGAAAAUCACAUACGCCCCAGUCCUGAAGUUGAUGCUUUUAUGAAGGCAUGCUCUGUUGCUGGGAGAAGGCACAGCAUCUCGACAGAUUACAUAUUGAAGGUGCUUGGCCUUGAUGUAUGUUCAGAGACGGUCAUUGGAAAUGAUAUGGUCAGGGGUAUUUCAGGUGGUCAGAGAAAGAGAGUUACUACAGGUGAGAUGGUUGUUGGUCCAAGGAAAACUCUUUUUAUGGAUGAGAUUUCAACCGGACUUGAUAGCUCAACAACAUAUCAAAUUGUGAAGUGCAUAAAGAAUUUUGUCCAUCAAAUGGAAGCCACAGUUUUGAUGGCUCUUCUUCAGCCUGCACCUGAAACAUUCAAUCUCUUUGAUGAUCUGGUGGUAUUAUCAGAAGGCCACAUGGUAUAUGAAGGUCCUCGAGAAAGGGUGCUCGAGUUUUUUGAGUCAUUAGGUUUCCAAAAGCCCCUACGUAAAGGCACUGCUGAUUUUCUUCAGGAGGUCACCUCGAGAAAGGAUCAAGCUCAGUACUGGGCUGAAUCUUCAAAACCAUAUGAAUUCAUUCCAGUUUCAAAGAUUUCUGAAGCUUACAAAAGUUCCAUCUAUGGAAGGUCUCUGGAAUCCUCCCUCCGUGUUCCAUUUGACAAAUCUAAGAGUCAUGUGUCAGCUCUGAGAAAAAAGGAGUAUGGCGUAUCAAAAUGGAAGCUUUUUGAAGCUUGUUUUUCAAGAGAAUAUCUUUUGAUAAAAAGGCAUAGUUUUCUUUACAUUUUCAAGACAAUCCAGGUUGCAUUUGUUGGAUUUGUUACAUGCACACUCUUCAUAAGGACAAGAUUACAUCCAACAGAUGUGAUGGAUGGGACCCUGUAUCUUGGUUGCUUAUUUUUUGCACUUGUGCACAUGAUGUUCAAUGGAUUUUCUGAGCUCCCACUUAUGAUAUUCCGGUUACCUGUAUUUUACAAGCAGAGGGAUAAUCAUUUUUAUCCUGCAUGGGCGUGGUCUAUUUCUAGUUGGAUACUGCGUGUUCCAUACUCCGCUGUUGAAGCUGUUGUAUGGUCUGUUAUAGUGUAUUAUAGCGUUGGAUUUUCCCCUAGUGCAGGCAGGUUUUUCCGUCACGUGUUUGUUCUGUUUUCAAUACACCAGAUGGCUUUAGGUCUCUUCCGAACAUUGGCUGCAGUUGCGAGAAAUAUGAUAAUUUCCAAUACUUUCGGAUCAGCUGCGCUGCUUGUGGUAUUCUUGUUGGGCGGAUUUAUCAUGCCGAAAGAAAUGAUUAAGCCAUGGUGGGUAUGGGGUUUUUGGCUUUCACCUCUAUCAUAUGCACAAAGUGCAAUUGCUGUUAAUGAAUUUACUGCCACAAGAUGGAAGAAGAAGCUUACUGGUACAAACACUACAGUCGGCUAUAGUGUUCUCCACUACCAUAGUUUGCCCACCGAUGAUAAUUGGUAUUGGCUGGGAGUUGGUGUCUUGUUACUGUAUGCUUUGGUUUUCAAUAUCAUAGUGACUCUGACUUUGGCUUAUCUUAAUCCUCUCAAAAAUGCACAGAUGGUUCUACCUGAUGCCACUGAAAACGAUUCAACCAGAGCUGGAGCUGGCAAUCAGCCAUCUCCUGCCAAAGCUGAUACUGGUUCUAGAAGACAGGGCAUGACUCUCCCGUUCAAACCGCUAUCAAUGACUUUUCAUAACAUUAAUUACCUUGUUGACAUGCCAAAGGACAUGGCUUUGGAAGGUAUAACAGAAAGGAAGUUGCAACUCUUGUCAGACGUAAGUGGAGUGUUUUUGCCAGGUGUCCUUACUGCGCUAAUGGGGUCAAGCGGGGCAGGUAAGACGACCUUGAUGGAUGUUCUUGCUGGUCGGAAGACUGGUGGAUACAUUGAAGGGGAAAUCAAUAUAUCAGGGUUCCAAAAAGAACAAGGUACUUUUGCUAGGGUCUCUGGUUAUGUGGAGCAAAAUGAUAUACACUCUCCUCAAGUGACAGUUAUCGAGUCUCUAUUGUUCUCUGCUUUUCUACGCCUUCCUGCAGAUGUCAAUGCUAAACAAAGACGAGACUUUGUCGAAGGAGUGAUGAAAUUAGUUGAACUUGAUAAUCUAAGAGAUGCUCUAGUAGGCUUGCCUGGCAGUACUGGCUUGUCCACUGAGCAAAGGAAACGAUUAACAAUUGCAGUUGAGCUUGUUGCAAAUCCCUCCAUAAUAUUUAUGGAUGAACCUACUUCUGGACUUGAUGCAAGGGCUGCUGCCAUUGUAAUGCGGACUAUCCGUAAUACAGUUGAUACUGGAAGGACAGUGGUUUGCACAAUCCAUCAACCAAGUAAUGAGAUAUUUGAAGCAUUUGACGAGCUACUUCUAAUGAAAAGAGGAGGACAUGUAAUUUAUGGUGGAAAAGUGGGUGAAAGGUCAGAGAUUUUGAUCAAGUACUUUGAGAGUAUAAAUGGAAUUUCACCAAUGCCGAGUGAAUAUAAUCCUGCAAAUUGGAUGCUUGAAAUGACUACACCUGCUGUUGAAGAAAGAAUUGGCCAGGACUUUGCAGUGAUCUAUAAAAACUCUAAGCAGUAUAGAGAUAUUGAAGCUCUGAUUCGGCAAACAAGUACUCCACAGCCUGGCUCUGAACCUCUAUACUUCUCUUCCACAUAUUCCCGAAGUGGUCUCUUGCAAUUCCAAACUUGCUUCUGGAAGCAGAAUCUCGUGUAUUGGAGAAGUCCAGAAUACAACGCUGUGAGAUUGUUCUUUACAACUAUGUGUGCAUUGAUCGUUGGUUCUGUAUUUUGGGACGUUGGUUCAAAAAGAAACAACAGUCAGAACUUGAUGGUGGUUAUGGGUGCUCUUUAUACCGCUGUCAUGUUUCUUGGUGUAAAUAACUCUUCCUCUGUACAACCCGUGAUCGCGAUUGAAAGAACAGUUUUUUACCGAGAGAGAGCAGCUGGAAUGUAUUCUGCAAUCCCUUAUGCUAUAGCACAGGGUCUUGUGGAGAUCCCGUACAUAGCGAUUCAGACAAUCGUGUAUGGUAUCACUACCUUCUUCAUGAUCAAUUUUCAAAGGACAAUUGGAAAACUUCUACUCUACCUUGUGUUCAUGUUUUUAACUUUCACUUACUUUACCUUCUACGGGAUGUUGGCUAUUGGUCUUACUCCAUCUCAACAAAUCGCUGCUGUUGUUUCUUCUGCCUUUUACUCGUUAUGGAACCUUCUUGCGGGUUUUCUUGUGCCAAAGCCGAAAAUACCCGGAUGGUGGAUCUGGUUCUACUACAUAUGUCCAAUUUCGUGGACUUUACAAGGUCUCAUCGGCUCCCAACUUGCUGACCUUGAAGAACCAAUUGUAGGACCUGGCUUCCAAGGCACUGUAAAAGGCUAUUUGAAGGAAGCACUCGGUAUCGAAUCCAACAUGAUUGGUAUUUCCGCUCUCGUGCUCUUUGCCUUCAGCGUCUUCUUCUUUCUCGUCUUUGCUCUCUCCCUCAAAUUUCUAAAUUUUCAAAAAAGAUGA